GUGCGCGGACCCGUUUCCGGGAGACGUUGCGCCGGGAGCGCACGGGGCGGCGCCGUUCCCUUGCUCGCCAUACUUGCACAGGAGCGCAGAGCAGCGGACGCACUGUAACUGCAGAGGCACCUGAACCUGCUGAACGCAAUUUAAAAAAGAAAAGAUAUGGCUGAGGAUGAGGUGACUCCGGAGCAGCUAGCAGCCAUCGCCGCCGAAAAUGAGGAGCCAGAGCCGGUGAACUACAAGCCACCAGCCCAAAAGUCGGUGAAAGAGAUCCAAGAGCUGGAUAAGGAUGACGAGAGUCUACGCAAAUAUAAGGAAGCCCUGCUAGGCUCUGUGGCCAACGAGACUGAUCCCAAUGCUCCCAAUGUACAGGUGACCCGGAUGUCUCUGAUCUGUGAAAGCGCCCCCAACCCCCUGGUCCUGGACCUGCAAGGAGACCUGGAAGCCUUUAAGAAGCAGGCCUUUGUCCUGAAGGAGGGAGUUGAAUAUAAAAUAAAGAUCGGCUUUAAGGUGAACAGGGAGAUUGUUUCAGGUCUGAAGUAUGUGCAGCAGACGUACAGGAAAGGAAUGAGGAUUGAUAAAUCGGACUACAUGGUGGGCAGCUACGGGCCUCGCCCUGAUGAGUACGACUUCCUGACCACGGUGGAGGAGGCUCCUAAAGGCGUGCUGGCCCGAGGCAACUACGUCAUCAAAUCCAAGUUUACCGACGACGACAAGCAUGACCACCUGUCCUGGGAGUGGAACCUCAACAUCAAGAAAGACUGGAAAGACUAAAAGAGGCCUUGGUGUUUGUGGAGCGGGGUCGAGGGAGUCCAAAUUCCUCUGCCCCCCCCGCCCCCGCGUGUUCCUCGGCCGCUGCCCUCAUCGCUGCCCUGCGUCCACCAUUUCUGCCUUCUUUGUAUUUACUUGGUCGUUCAUUUCACACAUCUCAUGCCUUAGUUACCGCCUCAUUGUCUUAACACUGUGGCGUCAUUCCCGCCUCCCCACGGUAGCAGCAGUAGCAGUAGCAGCAGAACCCCCCCCCAUCCCCCCACCCAUCAGUCCGUCCAUCAUCUUCCCCAACAUGUCAUUGGUUGCACACAUCCACCACUCUUCACCCCCCACCCCCCCUCACUGAGCUGUGCCAUGUAGCACCUUACUUCCUCACACCCCCAGACCCCUCCUCUCAUUCCUUCUCUCCCAGUUUUCUGCUGCUUGACGAGAUUAACCCCUUCCACCCUUCCAGAAUGGUGUCUUCCUCUCUCCGUAUCAAGUACAUGUGGAAAAGCAACUGUACAAUCAAUUUUAGUUUGCCUUUUUUUAAAAAUAUAAUUGUAUCAAACUUUAUGUGACGUGACUGUAUUCACAUCACUGUUAAUCAGCUGUUGUGUUUAUAGCAGGCCCCACCACAUCCACUGCGCCCCCCCCACCCUCCCCAUGCUUCCUUUGCUUGCCUACUUAUAGCCCGCUGUCUUUUGAUAAAAUGACCAGAACCUGCCUUGUAAAAACAAUUGAUUCAGAGCUGCUUUUCAGCGCCUCCCUCCCUUCCCUAAAUGUACUCACCCACUCCCCUCUUAAAUGGGGUCUGGUGAACAAAGGAGUAAAAAGUAUAAGGGUAAAAGAAAAAAAGCUGCCUUAUGUAUGGACUAAUGUCUAAACUACAUCUCUUUAGCAUGCCUUUUGUGCAUGAGCAGUAAGUAGUCUGUAUAUCAAGGGCUUACUCUCGCCACCAACUCAACUGUAGCCCUGUUGUCGUGGAGACUGUUUUUACAGGUUAUAGACACAGCUCUGCGCCCCCCCCCCCCCCCCCAAAAAAAAACAAAAACCAACUGACCAUGUAAUGGGUGGGGACUGAAUGUUAAAAUUGGAAAAAAAGAGAAGACAAACCCAGUGAAAAACAGUAUUGGCAUUCUUGUUACUCUUAGCCAUGAGGCCUUAGCACUGACUAUGAUUAUGUGGAAACAAACAGCGACAAACAUUACUAAUAUUGUUUUUAGUUUUUUUCUUCUCGUUUCCCUUUUUGCCUUAAUGUACAUCAUCUUCAAUGCUCCCUCUAAUAUAGCUUCAUAACUCGUAGCCCGCGGUCAGGAAGUAAGUGUGGAACAGUACCAGAGAAAGCACAGGAACAGGCUGAGCCAGGCACCGUCUGCUGCUGCCGCCGGAGACCUUGACGGUGUCUGGUCUCAUCCAGACACAGACACUGUCGGUGAGGAGGAGGAAAAAAAACUGACUAGGCCUUCAGUGUUUUUUGACCCCGUGGCCCCCUCAGAAAGACCUCAGUGACACGAAGGGUCAAGUGACACCACCAGAGAAACACUAACUGUCCUGUGGCAUUAAAUUGGAAUCAACUUGUACUGUACCAUAACAUAUGGAUGUAAAAGUUUUUGUUUGUUUCUUCUGAUAAUGAUAACUGUAUUCCUGCUCCAUACAUUCCUUCACAUUGUACAGUUUCUAUGAAAACGCUGGCAUGCUGGUGGGGUUGUAUAUUCUGUCAUCAUUUGUGAUUGCUCUUCUCAGUCAAUAAAGAUUUUGCUCAA